ACAAGUCCCCUGGGUUUACUCCAGCAGGUCAGGAGCAGGGCUAAGGGCCACCCAUAUGGCUGAGCAGCCUUGCCCAGAGAUGGCCCUGCCAGCCCAGGUGAUGGCUGCAGACAACACUGAAGCCUUUCCCCUCCAUGCCACACGCCGUGGCUCCCAGCCCCCAGCCCGGGGCUCCGAGGAAGGCAAACCACCACUCCUGCUCUCCCGCCGCAACUCGGUCCUCAGCCGCCGCAGCUCAUUCGGGGUGGUCCCGGGGAGCAGGCGCCCUUCCAUUGGCCCUUGGAUGUUCCACAGACGUGUUAGCUUCUCUGGGCUCCCCCUUUUCCAGCCCAUCCUCAAGACCCGCCUCAAAAACACUUAUAGGAUGGGGCCAGACGAAGGCUGCAAGUUCAACGUGGGGCAGGUGCAGCGGAUGCUGGAGGGGGCCCUGGCCAGUGCCCUGGGGACCACUGUCUACAGCCCUCAGGGCAGUGCCCCAUUAGCCCAGAGCGUGGUUGAGCUGCUGCAGCACCGGGCUAAGGAGGUAGUGCCACCCCGCUACAAGCUGGUCUGCCAUGUGGUGCUGGGCCAGCAGGGCCAACAGAGCCUGUUGGUGGCCAGCCGGGCACUAUGGGACCCUGCCACUGACAGCUUUGCCUCCGCCACCUUCUCCAAUGCCUCCCUCUUUGCUGUGGCCACAGUGCAUGGGGUCUACUUUGAGUAG